CGAGGAUCGAUACAAACCGGAACACGCAUAUCCAUGACAUAAGUAGAAGAUAAUUCUAGGAUAAAAUGGCGGGGCAGACAAUAAACGACCGCUUGUUGGCGGCCAAACACAGUUUGGCGGGACAGGGCCUCGCCAAAUCCGUCUGUAAGGCGACCACCGAGGAGAUGCUCGGCCCCAAAAAGAAGCACCUCGACUACCUGGUGCACUGCACGAACGAGCCGAACGUUUCCAUCCCCCAAAUGGCGAAUUUACUUAUGGAAAGAUCUCAGAACACCAGCUGGGUGGUGGUUUUCAAGUCGCUGAUCACCACCCACCACGUUAUGUGCUACGGGAACGAGAGGUUCACCCAAUAUUUGGCUUCGAGCAACGUUUCCUUUCAACUGUCCAAUUUCGUGGAUAAGACGGGGGUGCAGAGUGCAGUCGGGGCGAGAACCGGAUACGAUAUGUCACCAUUUAUAAGGAGAUAUGCGAAGUACCUAAACGAGAAAGCCCUCUCGUACCGGGCGAUCGCGUUCGACUUUUGUAAAGUAAAACGGGGCAAAGAAGAGGGCACGUUACGCACCAUGGACGCCGAAAAUUUAAUAAAGACGCUCCCGAUCUUGCAAAACCAGUUGGAUGCCCUGCUCGAGUUCGACUGCACCGCCAACGAUUUGACCAACGGAGUGAUCAACAUGUGUUUCAUGCUGCUCUUCCGCGACCUAAUCCGGUUGUUCGCUUGUUAUAACGACGGCAUCAUCAAUUUGCUGGAAAAGUACUUCGAACUGAAUAAGAAGCAGUGCAGGGAGGCGCUGGAUCUCUAUAAAAAGUUUCUCAUCCGCAUGGAUCGGGUGGGGGAGUUUCUCAAAGUAGCGGAGAACAUUGGGAUUGAUAAGGGAGAUAUUCCGGACUUGACCAGGGCUCCCAAUAGUCUAUUGGAUGCCUUGGAGCAGCAUUUGGCUUCGUUGGAGGGAAAUACUCCUACGACGGCUGGAAAUCAGAAGAAUCUAAAAUCUGGUGUAUCUGCGCUAUCAAACACCAGUUCGGCCUUCGGGUCGGCCAUGAAUGACCCCUCGACCCAACCGGAAGCAGAUUUUAAUCAGUUUAGUUUAAGUAACGAGGCGCAAGCGGGCACGAAUCCGUUUUUGAGCGAGGAACCGGAAGUGGACUUUUUCGGCGGAUUGGAUUCGAUUAGUAAUGCCGCGCCUGCUUUUAAUGGUUCCGCGGUAACUGCACAUCAGGGUAGCGCCAUCGAUGAUCUUCUUUCUCUUGGUGGUAACCCCUUUGCAGACAUGUCGGUCCCGGCCGCCGCCCCAACAUCAAACGGCACCAUCCCCGACUUCUUCAACAUGAACCAACAACCGCAGGCGGUCCCUUCCAAUCAGCAACAGCAGUUUUGGUGCGGCACCGACACCUUUGGAGUGGCCCAGCAAACGGAAAUCCAGCAACCGCAACAACAGCCGUUCGGGUUCUUCAAUAGCGCCGCCGCCCCGCAACAACAAAUGCCGCCCCAAUACAACGCGAUGGCCGCUCCCGUUCCGGAACCAACUAAACCGCCAGCGAAGAUCAUCACCGAUGACCUGGAGUCCAGUUUACAUUCGCUGGUCGAGAAUUUAACGAUGGAUUCGGGCGGAAGCAGUAAAUGGAGCUCUCCCAAGAACCAACCGAAACCAGCGACAGUGGCAGCACCACAAGCAGCACCUGCUUGGGUACAACCUGGAUCUGAUCAGUAUCGGCCAAUGAUGUCAAUGGGGCAACAGCCGCCCAGCCAAGACCCCAGCGCUCCCUUCGAUCCUUUUGGGGCCCUGUAAAUUUAUGUAUAUUUAGGAAUUGUAAAUUGAAUAUUCUAGUCAGGAGGUGGUGGUAUAAUGGAGAGAAUUUUUAUUUUUUAGCUUCGGAACGCGGUUCGCAGAUAGAAGAAGAUGUUAAUAAGUCAAUCAUUGUUAUUGCCAAAUAUUAGCGAAAGUUGUGUAUUUAUAUUAUUAUAUUUUCUUGAGCGAUUACGGUAUGAUAAUUGUUGUAUUUUGUUUGUGUUUCUUUAAUCAAUUAAAGAAUUACUGAAUA